UCCUUUCCUUUUUGUUUAUAGGGAUGGGCAAUGUCUCAAGCCCCUAAUACUGGUUUACAUCCUUACCACUGAAGCAUGGCUUUAAUGGCGCUCCAACCGGACAAGAGUGAGCGUAUCUACACCAGGAGGCCGACUAGUGCUGAGAUAGUAUCAGAAGCUCGUCGCUCUCUUAGGACUCUUGCCACACAACGCCCUUUCACACCUCAGGAGAAGCAACGGCAGCUCUUCGGAGAGUCAUCUUCUCGUCCACAUGACGGCCGUCCACCAUCUGCAUUUAGUCUUCAUGCCCGAAAUUUUGAAGCUCCUGACUCUAGACCUGGUUCUGGAACCCGCCUCAGCCCACUGGAGCACAAACCCAGGCUGUCUGUGUUUUUGGAUGAGGAUGGUCAUGAGGAUGAUGCAGUCCUUCCCAAACCUCCAGAGAGAGGGAAUACCAGGAGAGGUUCGGGAGGGUCUCGAGCCAGACAUCUUAGAACGCCAUCCAUCAACAUGCUGCCACCUGUGGCAUCACAAUCAAAGAGUUCCAACAGGUCUCUAGAGAAAAGGACAGACCAACCAGGAGAUGGAGAAAGGCUGCAUUGUGCUGAUGUUACAGAGCAUAAGACAAAAGCAUCCUCAGAAACGGACCUGUGCACACUUUCCAAUCACAGUAGGAUGCUACAGUCAGCCAGAACUGGAUCAAAACCAGAAACAAAGCGUGACACAGAAGACGAUAACAUAGAUGAGUCUCAGUUCUGGAACUGCAAGGUCCUUCCUGUCCUUCAGGAAAUUGAGUCUUUUGCCCCAGGAGACGAAGUGUCAGAAGAGAUUGUGGGACAAAUGUGUAAUGCAUGCACCAAAAUCCAUAAUGCCCUGGCAGAGAGAGGCAUGCUGGGAAGGCACUGUAAAAAGAGGUCCAUCAUCCUAAGAACACUAUUCAGACUUAUAGAUAUGGGAUCAGAUCGACUUAACCUAACCGUAGCUGAACUCAUUUUGGCACUUGAUGUGAAUGGAAACAACUUGUUGAACAUCUGCAAACUCGUCUUCAAAAUCAGCCGCAACGCUAGUAAUGAUGCCCUGUUCCUCACAAGCUCCAUCCUAGACUCCCUUCUUUCUUUGCUGCAGUGUGAGGAUGUAUGGAGUAAAAGUGAGGCUGUGCUGUACUGCGUUGGCUCACUGAAGCUGCUCUCAGGAAACAGCGCCCUCUGCAGUCUGCUGCUGGUUAAAGACUUCAUCAGCAUACUGCUACAGCUCUCAAAGAAGCUUAUUCACAGUACACCUUCAACUUCUUCUAAUGUAACUAAUCACAGGGCAGAGGGAGAAGGCCAGCAUACCAUUGCAGGACAUGUACUGGUACAGGUCACUGCAGCUUUGAGAAAUAUAGCUGACCAGUCUGAGUCUCGGCCUUCCUUCCUGUCCAGCAAGGCAUUCGCUACUCUUUGCACGAUCCUUGAGACCCAUCGCAGUGAUCUGGAUAUCUGCAUUAAUGUGGCCCGAAUAUUCAGCAAGCUGUCUACCUACACCGAGUGCUGUUAUGCACUAGCUGAGACACCACACUGCUUCGGCCUAUUUUCAGACCUACUGAGCAAACACAGCAGGAAACAGGAUCUGGUAGUGCGUCUCCUGUUCACACUAGGGAACCUGACCGCCAAGAGCAUUGAAGCCAGAGAACGUGUCUACGAGGAGAAAGGGGGGAUAGAUGUCCUCUUAGAUCUAUUUCAGAUCUACCAAAAAGCACCAUCGCCUCCUGAGCAACAACCCUCCCCUGAAAGAGAGGACGUGUUGGUCAAACUCAUCAGAUUGUUGGCCAAUCUAGCCAUUCAUCCCACAGUGGGCACAGCAUUGGCUGCUAACGCUAUGUGUGUGCAGCUCCUACUGCAAGUCUUGGAGUCAAGGUGUGUGCUGGAGAAUGAGGAGCUUGUGAUUAAUGCCGUGGCCACCAUCAACAACCUCUCUUUCUACCAGGGAGAGAGCUCAGUGGUCCGUUCCCAGCACAAACACAUCUUGCAGUUGUUACUUAAGCUGUUGUUGGGCUCCAGUAUGGAAGGUGUUUUGGAGGCCACACGGGUGUUUGGAAAUCUUUCUCAGAUCGAAGAUGUGAGACGCUUCAUCAUGCAGCACAAAGUGCAUCGGUUCAUGGUCACCCUCCUGGACUCGAAGAACCCCGAUGUGUGUUUUUCUUCAUGUGGAGUUCUCAUCAAUUUAUCUGCUGAUCCAGAAAACAGGGCUCUACUGAGGGUUGAGGGAACCAUGCAGAAGCUGAUUGACUGUCUGCGUGACUUUGGACCUCAGGAUUGGCAUCUGGCUACUGUGUUGUGUCAGACCCUGUGGAACUGCUUUUUAGAUGGAGAGUUGCAACAUACUGAAGAGUUACUAGAAAUCUUACAGCUCUACACAGACAGAGGGCGUUUGCAGUGGUCUGCUAAUGAUGGAGUCAGACAGGUCCAGGAAGCAUGCUGGGAGUUACUCUUUCUGCCUGUAGCUGAGAGGCUAAGACAACGUUUACAUAUUGAAGACAUUACUGAAGUCAGUCAGUAAGCUUGUCUGAUACACACGUUCUUUGCAGUCUACACACACACACACGAAUAUGAAUGUAUUGUGUGUAUAUAUUGCACUUUAAUACUCUGUCACUUUUAAUAUUUAAAACAUAUUUUGGACUGUAAAUGAUAAUAAGUAAUUAUGACCAACAAAUGUGCAAAACAACUUCUAUUGGUGGUCUAUUAUAUGCAACCUGAAGCUGUACUUGUCUUAGAUUGAAAAAAUUGUGUUUUAUACAAGCAUUAUGUGUUUAAAAAAAAUUUUGUUCUUUGUAUAAAACACUAAUGGUCAUCUCAGUGAUCUCAAAGACUUUAUUAAACAGACAGUUUUAAGGAACACAGAAUAGAAACAUUGUCAUUCUUUCUUAAUACAAUCACAUCAAAUGGAUAUAAUAUGGCACUCCUGUUUUCUUAAAUCAACCAACAGUUACGCUUCACAGCUACAGUCUAUAU